CUCCACGGGAGAGGGAAAAUAAAACAGAAGAGGGGACAAUAAAAACUGGUCAGGGGGAGUAAGGAGAGGAACAGGAAGGCCGAAGACUGAGGUGGACAAGCUGAGAGGCUCAUCAGUUACACCUCUGAGCUGGGGACAAGUCCAGUCUACAAGUAGACUGGGGAGAGAGGAGGAGGUGACCGAAACAUCUGGCAACCUAAAGAAGACCUAAAGGAGCCCAGCUGAUCCUAAAUCCUGUUCAUCUUGAUCAUCGUUACUUGAGAUUUAUACGUCUUCUACCCAAGAAGUCUUCAACCACUGCACCAAACUGUCCAGACUGGGGUAUGUCCUGCCAUCCCUGUCGCCCCUGCCACUCAUCCAGGCCGUCAGCAUGAUUUCCCACUACCCUCUGGCUACCCUGCUGCCCUGGCCUGCAGGUCCCCACCACCACCACUGUCCAGACCUGGACUGCACCUUACUGCUGGAAGGGGAAGGAGGAGUAGCCCUGCAGAGGUACCAGCCUCGCUCUCCAGAGAACAGCCCUCACCACUGGAGCUCGGUGCAGGACUGGGGGGAGGAAGUUGAGGAAGGAGCCAUCUACAAUGUGACACUAAAGAGGGUUCAGAUUCAGCAGGCGGCCAACAAGGGAGCGAGAUGGCUCGGGGCGGAGGGGGAUCGUCUGCCUCCCGGCCACACUGUGAGCCAGCUGGAGACCUGCAAAAUCCGAAGUAUCCGUGCUGGAACACUGGAGCGUCUGGUAGAGACGUUACUGACAGCGUUUGGAGACAACGACCUCACGUACACGUCCAUCUUUCUGUCCACCUACAGAGCCUUCGCCAGCACACAGACUGUACUGCAGCUACUGCUGGACAGAUAUGGAAGUGUGGAAGAAAACGAGCAAGACGCAGGCAGACACCGAAACACUGAAACCAACAGAGCCAUCAGAAAUGCUUUGGCCUCUAUCUUGCGUGCCUGGCUGGACCAGUGUCCUGAAGACUUCCAGGAGCCUCCUGACUACCCCUGUCUCCACAUGCUAAUGCACUACCUGCGCAGGGCCCUGCCAGGCUCCGAGGUUCUUAGACGAGCAGAGGGUCUGCUGGAGCAGCUGCAGAGUCAGGCCAACAUGGAAGACACUGAUGCUGGUUUUCAUGGCAACAGUUCUUUCUGCCUGGGAGAGGAGGAGGAAGUGGAGAUCGAAGUCCAGGAGGACUUCCUGUCAUUCGGGGCUGACCUGGUGGCUGAGCAGCUGACCUACAUGGAUGCGCUGCUGUUUAAAAAGGUUGUACCCCACCACUGCCUGGGCUCUAUCUGGUCCCAAAGGGAUAAGAAGCACAACAAGCACAGCGCCCCCACCAUCCGUGCCACUAUUACGCAGUUUAACGCUGUAGCGGCCUGCGUGGUCAGCACAGUGUUAAAGCACAGACAGAUCAGACCUCAUGUCAGAGCGCGGGUCAUCCAGCGCUGGAUAGACAUCGCUCAGGAGUGUCGAAUACGCAAAAACUUCUCAUCUCUGCGAGCCAUCGUAUCUGCGCUGCAGUCCAACCCACUGUACAGGCUGAAAAGGGCGUGGGCCUGUGUGCACAAAGACAGCAUGCAGACAUUUGAGGAGCUGUCAGACAUUUUCUCCGAUCACAACAACUACCUGACAAGCAGAGAGCUCCUCAUGAGGGAAGGCACUUCAAAGUUUGCCAGUCUGGAGAGUUGUGCCAAGGAACACCAGAAACGUACCCAUAAGAGACUACAGUUGCAGAAGGAAAUGGGAGCAAUGCAAGGGACAAUCCCAUACUUGGGGACUUUUCUAACUGACCUGACUAUGUUGGAUACGGCCUUGCCCGACCUAGUAGAGGGUGGUCUGAUCAACUUUGAGAAGAGGCGCAGGGAGUUUGAGGUGAUAGCUCAGAUCAAGCUGCUGCAGUCCGCCUGUAACAGCUACUGUCUGACUCCGGAGCCGAUGUUCCUCCGCUGGUUUAAGAGUCAGGUUCAGCUCAGCGAGGAGGAAAGCUAUGCCUUGUCCUGUGAGAUUGAAGGUCUCGGUGAUAGUAGUCCAACCUCACCCAAGCCUCGAAAAAGCAUGGUGAAGAGACUCAGCCUGCUGUUUCUUGGAACAGACAGUAACACAGCCAGUUCUCCGGUCAGAGAGACACCACGCUCGCCUCCUACUGGCAGCUCAGGGGAGAGCAUGGACUCUGUCAGCGUGUCCUCCAGUGACUCCAGCAGCCCAUCAGACAGCGAGGGCCUCAACCCCACUCACGCCUCCGACUCCCAGCAAAACAAGCUGUCAGAAUCCUCCUCUUGUACUUCACUCCACUCAAUGGACACCAGCUCGUCGACAGCCAGUGUCUCCAUGACCCCUGCCUCCCCCUCACUCCCCGGGCCCCCCUGCACUCACAGACGCUCCAUCUCCCUCACACCCUUGACGCCCAGCUCUCCCAGUCAAACCCCAGCUUAUAACACGCAGGCCCAAGAUUCAUGCAUCAUAAGAGUCAGUCUGGAGCACGGCAACGGGAAUCUCUACAAAAGCAUAUUGCUGACCAAUCAAGACAAGACUCCAGCUGUGAUUUCUAGAGCCAUGGCGAAGCACAACCUGGAGGUGGAGCCAGAGGAGGGAUACGAGCUGGUACAAGUCAUCUCUGAGGAGAGAGAACUGGUGAUCCCAGACAACGCCAACGUCUUCUACGCCAUGAACACCUCAGCGAACUUUGACUUCCUGCUGCGGGUGCGAGGCUCGGCAGGUCGGACAGUGCAGCUGCGAAGCAGGUGCAGCUCCACCCUCCCUCGCACCCAGCACCGCUCGAGCCUCUCACUAAGACUCAGCAAGGUCACGCUGUGACCCUGGACUGCAGGGAACCCAGCUGUUUGCCCUUACACCACUAAUCCAGGUCUAUACCGGGCAUGGACUUAAUGUGAACUGAUGGGUUUUCGAUGAAGAGGCUUGAUGGAUAGAUAGAUGGAUGAAUGAGGAGCCUUGGAGGACUGCUAAUGGAUCCUAAUGAGACUCUUUUAGAGCUCCACUUUGACUCACCAGUUGAGUCUCAUUCUGAACUGUGCCAUCCCUCUUUGCCCCCUUUAGCCCUUUGCCCAGCCUUAAUAUGGAGCAAGGAUGUGUAGCGUGACUGCUGUGCCAGUGGGACUUAACUUUUGACUAGUGAUGCCUAUGACAGAGUGCAACAGUGUCCCCAAGUGGCCUCCACUCUGUACAACAAAAGGUUUUUGCACAUGAUGCGGGAGCAGCCAAACUCCUGACCUCCAACAGUAUUCUGAUGUUGAACGAACUUGUUUUUGUCCUGUGAUGUCUGUGUAGCUGAAUAUUUACUUCUCCGGCAAUAGAAGUGUGAUGAAUGCAAAAAAGACUGAUGGUGGAAUAGAAGAUGAAAUGGACUGAGUGCCCAGUCCUGUUGCCUUUAUCGAUGUAUGAAUGGACCUCUGACAGUAUUCUGAAUGAUAUUGAUCAAUUCAUUGACAGGAGCUGUGAUGUCAUUAUUUUCCCUAGUUGGGCAUGUUUAGCUGUCCAGCUUGUGUGCACUGUGUGUGCAAACCCUCUCGUGCUAUGAGCUGUGUGAUGAAUGCAGCGUUACGUGCAUUCUGAUUGGUUCGACUGGUUACUUGGUUUUAACAAGUUCUUGGCAAAUGUUGAAAUGGCCUUACCUGCCCUAUCUUUAGGGUGUAGAGAUUAAAUGUGCGCUGCUUUCUGAUCCAGAAAGACAUUCUCUCACAUCCUCACAUUUUCAGUUUGAAGAAGAAAAAGAAGGAAAUAGAUGUAAACAAAAACAAAGAAAAAGAGGGACCUGACUUCCUGAAAUGGAAAACAUCAUGCAAAGUGUCUCAGUGUCCCUUCAUUAUAUGAACUAUAGAGCUGCACUUGUCAGUUGGUAAGAGAUGCCAAUGAGAUGUGAAUAUAGAAGAAUGAGCAAGCCGCUCUGUAAGUGGUUUUCCCCCUCUUCACUAAAUGAAUUACUAUUUUUGUUUGUAAUUGUGGCUUUUUAUAUGUUUUUGUAACACAAUUCAGGCGCCAAAAAAAAUGUGCCAGAUUGGAGACUUUUAAAAGUAAAUGUUAAAAAAUCCAGAGUAUCAUCAAAAGAAAAUCCUCACUGAGGGACCCUUCACUUUGUUACAAACACAAGAGCCAGACGCCUCUUCACACAGUAAACACCCAUGUGUUUGUCUCAUGGGUUCACUCCUCAUUUCCAGCGCCAUCAGAGUUUCACAGCAGCUUCACCAACACUUAUCACCUGUCACAUAACAGCCGCACAUCUCCAGUUAAACACUCACUGAGUCAUUUUUUUUCCUGUCAGUUAUAUUCCACUCCUGCAGAUCUUACAGUGUCGUGCUAUUGUGCCAUUAUCAGAUGUUUUUACAACCAGUUAAUAUCCCUGGUUAAUAUUACACCCCCCAUAAGAAGUAGUUCACUGUUGGACUUCUGUUAUUGGCCCAAUCAUUUAUCUCCAUGCAGCACUUGACUUUAAAAUGUAAGUAGAGUAAAUCACCCUCAGUUCACGUGUUCUUCACUGCCAAAGACUGUUCCUCUACCUGAACGAAUAAAUAAAUAAAUUAUUAUCAUUAUGA